AUCGAACCCGACAUAAUUUUAUCAUAGGUUCAACAAUAUUCAACAUUACAUGGCAAUAUCAUGCCUUCAAAUCACACAAAACAUAGCAUUGAGUCUAAUUGUUCAAUACACAAUACUUAAUAUUUGAAUAUAUAAGACUUCUAAGCUGUUGGAGCUUAAGGGCAUCCUUCUCUUCCAAUUCCAGUCUUGUUGCUCAGAGUAAAAGCUUCUACAAAGCAGUAAUUAGAAGUACUACUACCUUAUUAACAAACAUAAUCUGAAACUAACAUCAAAUGACUCUAAAAUUAGCAACGGAUUAAAUUCUAGCAUACAGUUAUACAUUGAGAUGUGAUAAAAAAAUAUUACAUGGAAUCUUGAUAAAUAAAGAACACAUUCAAGUAAAAAAAAGAGGGGUUUGCGUGCAUCGAACCCCGUUGAUUUCAACAACUCUACGCUGGAGAUGGUGGAAGAAUCUUUAGCGGGCGUAGCUGGUGGUCCUUCAACAGCGAGGCGACUUCGAUUGGCGGUGACACGACUCUUCUUGAAUGGCGAGGCCACUGUUUUACCCAUUAGAUUAUCUUUAACAGUAGCGCCGGCCGUGACAACGGUAGCAGCAACGGCGUCCCUUCGCGAGGUCGCCGUCACGAUGUUAGUUCAAUGAAAGUUUACUCACAAUCGGUGCUCAGUACAAUCGCACAUAUAACAAACACAACAAAAACAACCAUAUAUUGAAUCGAAUAUACCAAAAAUCAAACGAAUAGAUUGUGCUCAGUGCUCACAGCUCACCUUGCGGUGUCUGAGUUGGUCGUCUCCGGAGAGGAUGAUACGUCCCCUGCCUGAAUCUGUAGAGGAGGGGAUGAGGCUGCUGGCCUAGUGCUUGGGUCAUGGUCACCGUUCUCUGUGGACUGUGGGCUCGACGUAGCCGAUACCGACGAAGACAUCUGCAGCGGCGGCGUACCUGGGAGACGGCUGGUGGAGUGGCGGUUGCCUGGAGCCUUGGACGCGGGCGGCUAGCGGGCUGGCGGCUGCCUGGACGCGGGCGGCCGGCGGCGGGACUUGGUCUGUCCUGGACGCGGGCGGCAGGACGCCGGACGCCUGGUGAGCUGUGGAUGUGCGGCACUGCGGCGGGGAGUCCGUGCGUUGGGAUCCCGCGAUUCCCGCCCGUGCGCUGGGACGACUGGUGGUGCGAGUUGGAGCAGGCGAGCAGCUGACUUGCGAGCUGCCGAGUUGGAGCCGUGGUCCGUGGAGUACUGGAGCGUGGGCGUGGUGCCCUGGACGGCUGGACUGGAGGUUUGGAGUUCUGGUCUUCUGGACGGACGCUGGAGGCUGGACUCUGGUGGGCGGCGGCAGCGUUAGGGACUCUGG